UUACAAAUCUGUCGCGCCUCUCCACCGUCGCGAGUGGUUUCGAAAUGGACCGAGUCAACGGCACCAUCUCUGUCGGGUGCUCUGCUAAUCAUCUGACUUCGACUGCCUCUGCAUAGUGUCAGUUGACAUGGGACCCAAGCUGGAGUAGCUUGGUCACUGGCUUCUUUUCAUGUACGGAGUGUGAACGCUUACCUUCAGUGAAACUAUACACAUCUGUGGUUCAAAUUGUAUGUAACAGAAGUGUGCGCACUUGCUUGAUCUAUCAAGCAACAAUGUUUAGCACGCUCGCAAUAGCAGCACUGCUGCUACCAUUAGCCGCUGCCGUUGGAAGUAUCCGAUUUCCCGUUGUUCAGGAUGAUAUCCGCUUCAAUUCGGCUGUAGACUCGAUCAAAUCAUCGCAGGUGGCUGAUCUCCUUUCGGCACUAAACGGCUACGAUGUUCAGCAACGUCCAGGGGGCAGUGUAUGGAAGGGUUUGCGCAGUUACAAUCCCCUUCGGCACCCAACGCUAUUUCUGGUGGCGGAUUUCGAGCUCGGGUCGUCAAUGAUUGAGCUCAUCAUGAAUUCAAACUUACGCUUCAAGCUCGACAAUGAUAAUCAACUCGAUGCUGAAUUUUCGAUUUUCAAGAGUCGAAGUAUUCACCGUUGGCCGGAAGCCGAAGGCCGUAUGCAAGCUGUAGACACAGGAGUCAAUGAUUCGGAGGAUGCCCAGAUUGAACGGCUGCGCGAGGCGAUUAGUCUUCUGCGUGACGAGCGAUUUGAAGCAUCGAAACAGGCUGAUCGCGCAUUCCUUCUAGAAUACUACACGCUGAAAGGUGUUGUGUCCGAUGCCGCCAAAGCUCCUGUUGACGAUACUCCGUCGACAGUUUACUGGCUGAAGCUGAACUCUUUGCAUGCUUUAGCAGAUGAGUACGGCCAGGAUCACAAAAAAACGCAGCGUGCUGUUCAGCUUUUCAGCCAGUUGAUCGGCACCACCACCGGCGUACUCGAGUCUCACCCACGUUCGUUGUUCAUGGUUAUCCAGGAGGAGUCGAUGCAACCUUCAUCGAGCGCGAAUGUAUCGGGUGCUCCUAAACGUGUCCGUCGAGACCUCAAUGUUCAGGAGCCGACGGCGCCCACAGAAACAAGGUGGAAUUUAGCUCAUCAGUAUGAUGGAGACUACCCAGUCGUAUUUGCAACAACGGCAUUUACCCUUUUCGUUAUCGUAUUAGGCGUGUACGCCACCUCGAUCGGCCUCUGGUUCAUGGACCCUGGACGUGACUCAAUCAUCUACCGAAUGACAUCGCAGCGAAUGAAAAUGGAUUAAAUUUAAGAUAUAUAAGCAAGGUUAUUUUCUGUUGAAUGAGAGCAAUUUUCGCUAACUGCAGUAAGUUCAGGACUAGCUGGCAGUAGCUACGUGGACGACAACCGCAUUAUUGGCGACGUCAAAAAGGUUCUCGACAUAUCGGGCACGACGAAGCAUCUCAUCUGAAAAGUACAGAUCACUCCGUAACCUUACAUAGUCAAAGGAAUACUCCCGACUUUUGAGUUUGUUAGAAAUUUGGCUGACGAGUCAAAAAUUUAAUCGAAUCACGCGUUUCUUGUAGGCACGGCAAGACACCAACCGCCUUUAUAGCAAAAUACAGAAAUUUCAAUGUAGCUAUUUCUGUCACAACCACAAAGAAUAUGGCGUAACAUUUACAUGUAUUUUGUGAAAUAUGGGAUGUUAUAAUUAUCAGACUUACAACAGUAUUUACUAGAUCCCCAGCAAAGCGAUGCGGCGCCCUAUUUAACAAAACUUAGAUUUUUUUAUUAUCAGCUUUGUACCGUUUGUGUACUUUGUUUCUGAGAGUGUGAUAGGGAGUAUUAUGUUGUGGGCCAUGCAUGUUGAAUAUGGGACGAUCGAUUAAAAAACUAGUUUUCUUACAAUUCCUACUUUCAAAUCAUAAUUUUUUUAUAGGUUGGCAUUAUAGGGAGUGCUUACGCGGGUUAAUUUUAUCUGCUCGCAUCUAAGUCAGCAUAUCUUAUAUCAACGUUCAACGUGAGAAUGUUUGAUGGGAAUCAUUGAUAUGGAAUGGGAGUAAAACAAGGGUCACGAGUUGAUAUGGAAUGGGAGUAAAACAAGGGUCACGAGACAAGGAGGCGAUGGGAAUGGGAGUAAAACAAGGGUCACGAGACAAGGAGGCGAUGGGCAAAUACGGAGACCUCUGCUAUAAUGCCGUGUGAACUGACGACAGGCAGCGAGCGCUACAAGCACUUAUCAUACGACUAGUGCUACUUCUCGUUAUGGACAGUGCAUGUUGCUAAGAUUUACUAUUUGGGCAUAGAGGAAAGCGACCAUAAGUAUUUCAAUGAAGAUCGCUAAUAAAUAUGAGGCGCAGAAAUAUUACGUGGAGAGGACGCCGUUAUGUUCUGGUUGAACUAAUAGACGAAGUUAGUAGAAUACAGGUUGAAUUAUUAUCAUUUUUAUUCAUAUAAUGUUAAUGUUAUUACUUGAGGCAACGUUGAUAAACAAAAGAUCUUAAAAGUAUCUGAGAAGUAAAACAUUCACAUGAUGGUACUCUGUCUUCACAAAUGGUGUAAAUGUUUUACUGAUAAUGAUGAAGGUGAAAGGGAACAUUGAACUGACGAUGAUGCUAAGCGCAGUCUGUGAAUAUGAAAUGAGGAAACAACGAGGACAAACAAAGGGAAAAAGAUAACUGCCAACAAAUAAUAAAUGAGGUGAGGAAAGUUGAGUGAAUAACACUACGUGUUUUUCUUACAAAAUAAAACAGUGCCAUUAUAGUUAUUAAUGAUGUAGGCAAAUAAAGGCAAAUAAUAAACAUUUUGACCUUCUCUGCAUUAGGCCAAUGUUGUUGACUUAAUUUCUAUUUACUUUCCAUCCACGCUAAUCUUAUGCGUUACUACAAUUUAUGUGCAAAUCUAACAUGGACACUGUAAAAAAUCCAAAAUCAAACAUUUCACAUAUCGAAUCUUAGCAAUCCCCCUAUUCAUUGUAGUGUAAUCAUAUUGGCUUACUUUUAUCAAGUCAAAAAUCCUCUAAAAAAGGAAAGUCAUAUUUACAACUACAGCCGUCCUUCGAAAUGUUAGUUGAAUUGCUCCUACCUAAUAUUAACUACAUAAGAGAAUAAAAACAA